AAUAAUGAUCCGAUUUAUGUUUAUAACUAAGUGCAAAACCUGUGUUUAGGUAAACAAAACUGUGAGUAUAUAAUAUUUUUCAAGUUGAUCAACAAGGAUAACCUAAGAAUAGCUUCUGUUCCAAGGCAAUGGAACUAGUUAAACAUACACUUGUAUAUAAAAAAAAUUCUGCAAUUGUUUUGAAACCUAAAUCUGCAACUGUAAAUAACAAUAGCUGCCUUCUUGGCUUUAAGGAUUUUCUACCUGUUCUAAGCUCUGAAACUUUUAUUAAUGAAGUGAAUAAUAAACCUGUAGUAACUAAUACUUUUAUAAAAAAAUCGAAUUUCAAAGUUGAAACUAGCAAUAACAGUGAAAAGUUUAUAAUGUUUAAUGGAAAGAAGCUGAUGAUAUUAGCUGAUCUGCCAGAAGGACUUCUAAAGAGGUCACCUGUUCCCAAUACACAAAAUAAUUCAAAUCUAGGGAUACAUGUAUCAAUAGAAAAUAAACUUCCAAACAACUUGAUAAAUACCACCUCUAUUCCUAGUACAUCAAAUAAUUCAAUUCCAAAGAUGAUAACAAUCAAUGCACCAGAGAGUCCAGGGAAACAUUUAGCAGAUUCUAAAUUUCCCAAUGUCUUGUUAAAAAAUAAUUCUGUCUCUACAACAUCCAAUUCAGUUCCAAAGAUGAUAAAAAUCAGUCCACUAGAGACUCGAAAUGUAGGGAAAAAUUUAUUAACAAAGGAUCCCCAACUUCCAAAUGUGUUGUUAAAAAGGAGAUCUGUUUCUACCACAUCGAACAAUUCAAUUCCAAAGUUGAUAAAAAUCAGUGCACCACAGACUUCAAAUAUAGAGAAAAAUAUAACAGAUUCUAAACUUUCAAAAGAUUUAGUAAAAACCAUAUCUAUUUCUAGUAAAUCAAGUAAUCCCAUUUUCAAAAAUAUAUCAAUAGAGGCUACAAGUGUAAAGAAAAAUAUAUUAACAGAUUCUAAAGUUUCAAAUAGUUUGUUAAAAAAAAGUACAUCAAACAAUUCAGUUCCUAAGAUGAUAAAAGUUAGUAAACCACUAUUGAAACCAGUGGAAGAGGAUUGUAAACAAUCUCCUAAAAUUACAAAUUUGUCUAUAAAACUUGAUAAGGAUGUUAUGUCACAGAUAAGCAAUAAACCUCCAAUAAAUGAAAACAAGCUUAUAAAAAUAAAUGUAGCCAGUAUCACAGGGAGCUCUAAAGCUAACACAACUGAUAUCAACAUUAUUUGUGCUGAUAAAAUUAAAAUGUUUGCAAAACCAAUAACUGUAAGAAACAAAGUGGUGUGUAUACCAAUCAAUCAGGACAGUGUAGACAGUGUUGCAUUGGACUUGACAAAAAAUGGUGAAUCCCAGUCUGUGAAAACCCCAGCAAAAAUGUUUAGGGAUCAAGGUACUCAAGUUGAUAUUAAACCACCAAAACCACAAACAAUAAGCACAGAGGUAAACACAGAUAUAACAGGAGACGUAAUUAAAAAGGAGGAAAACCUCUCCUCUUGGAUAUCAAGAAUAGAUUUCAGUGAUUUUGAUGAUAUUCCAUCACCCUUUUCUGACAGUCUCCUGCAUUCCUUAGAUACUUUAGACUCUCCAGGAAUGAGUAUGGACAAUAAUAAAGAAUAUACAACCCUUACUAAUGCAGUAACAGGCAAAAAUUUAGCUAGUUAUUCAGACCAUUCAGUUAAUACAGCAAAAAACCUUUUUAUGGAGUUGAGAAAGGCUCUUGGUAUUAAUGACGAAGGAAACUUACCAAUUCACAUAGGAGUUAUAACAAAUAAUUUCAAACUAGUCAAACGGAAUUUAUUCUUGCUGAAAGUCCUGAAACAUUCUGUGGACGUACCAAACAGUCACGAUUAUACUCCACUGCAAUUAGCAUUGAUCCACAAUUCUUCGAUAGAAAUCGUGGAUGCUCUCUUGACCGAGGGUGCUCGUUGUGACACCACAGAUUCAGAAGGAAACAGCCUUCUCCACUACGCGACAGAGUUAAACAGAAAGGAGGCCCUCAAAUUGUUAGUCAGCUUCGCCGGUAUCCAAAGGUGUAAUUUGAAUACGUUUAAUCACGAAGGUCUAACGCCGUUGAUGGUAUGUUGUUUAAACAAAUAUUUCGAAUGUGCCGAAAUACUUCUGGAUGCUGAUGCAGAUCCCAAUCUCAAAGAUCAAAUUUCUGGAAGAACGGCACUGUUUCAUGCCGCCGAGAAGCACGAUGUGGAAAUGGUCGAAAUGCUGCUGCAAUUCAACGCAAAUACGAAACUGAAGAACUUUUUCGGUACCAGCCCCCACGACGCCAUGUACGAAUUAGACGGCAUGCCGGAAGCGAUUAAAUACAUGAUUCUAGGCAAGAAUAACAAAAGAAAAUCCUUAGACGAUGCCCCCAAGGUCGCGAAAUAUAGCAGAUCAUCCAACAAUGAAGUACAGCCUGGUCUCAAAACGUACGGUAGAUCACAACAGAUUCAAUCGAGGAGUGUUUUGAAAACCUACACUACUGUUAAAUGAAGUUUUUCAGAUAUUUUUCUCUUAUCUCUUUAUCAAUAUUUUAUGGUAAUUCUAUUGAUAUAUAAGAUAAGACUGGGUGAGUUCAACAUCAUAAAGAAUACCGAAGAAUUCUGUUAUAUGAUAAAGCAGAUAUAUGUAACUUUCAUUUGUCAACAGAUCAAAAAUUUCCAGUUUUGAGAUAUUCAGUUAUAAGAACUUAAACAAAACUGUCUAUUUUAUUAUGUUUUAUUUUGUAUUGGCUAUUUGUUACUGUUAAUUUGACCUUAAAUAUCAGAUUUAUAAUGAAUAGUUCUUAGUAAUGAAUAUUUCUCGUCUUAUAUACAUGUAUAACUAAAAGAAUUCUUUUACAAAUGUUUACUACGUUGUUUUUUGACUGAUGCAAAUAUACAAAUAACACACCAAAUAUAUCUUCUAAUAUUUAACUAAUUAUUUACAAAAUUUUUCUUUUUGUAGUCUUUUUCUUGUGUAUUUCUAUAUAUUUUAUUACAUUUACACAAUUUUUUUUAUUGGUGUUACCUUCUAUCAUUAGUACUUACGUCCACUUUGGAUUUAAUGGUACCAACCUAUGUCACAGAUACCUUCAAGAAAACUUGUAGGUACCUGUUCAUUUAAGCAAAACCUAAGUUCAUAUUUGUUUAUAUCCAUCGAGACCAAAACUCAUUUUAGCAAACGUUUUUAUCCAAAUUGGAUCUAUCGUGGCACAUAUUAAGACCAACUGCUGCGUUCAGUAAAGAUUUUUAACUAUAUUUGGUCAAAUAUUAAAGUCAGUAGCUGCCUCUAUCAAAAUUUAAGUUUAUAUUUGGUCUUUACUGCUGGCAUAAUUCUCUUCAGCAAACAGUUUCUUAAUAAAAAAUUUAGUUUGCUUUCCGAAAACAUUGUAUUCCAAAUUUGUACAUAGUAAAACCAACCGCUACCUAAAAUGGACAUUUUCAAGCUCAUUUAGUCUAUAUUAAGGUUGAUAGCAAACACUUAAACCUAAAUUUGUACAUGUAUAUCGAACACAGAUGCCACAAUUAUAUUUACCUUCAGCAAACCUUUGAUAUUGACAUGACAUUUGACAUCCAUUAAAGUAGUUAACUGUAUCUACGUUUGGUACAUUUCAAGACUAACUAAACUUCAAUGAACAUUAUUAAGUACAUACGUGAUAUAGAUUAACUGAUACCUUCAAUAACCUUUAUCUAAAGAUUCCAUCCUUAUUUGGUUUAUACUGAAGCCAAUUUGUCAUAACUAUCUUCAGAAGAAGUUUAGUCUAUAUUGUGGCUAAUUGUUGCGAUAACUUACUUUACACAAACGUUUUAUCCAUAUUGGAUCUAUGUUAACGUCAGCUGCCUGCAACAAACGUGUUAGUCCAUAUUUGGUACAUAUUGAGAACAGAUGCUACUUUCUUACCUUAGCAAAUUUUUUCAUCCAUAUUUUCUAUGUUAAAAAUACUUCUUGGCUUCAGCAAACGUUUUAGUCCACGUGUUAAGAUUACCUGCAAUAAACAUUUUCAAGCAUACUUAGUUUAUAUUACAGACAGUUGCUAAUACAGUUACUCUUAGCAAACGUUUUUAUCCACCACUUGUCUAUAAUGUAUUCAACUGAUGCUACCACUAUCUUCAUCAAAUGUGUGUUUCAUAUUUGGUUUAUAAUAAGGUCAGAUAAAUUCUGCAAAUCCACAGUUGAUCAGGACCAAAUGCUCCCAAAGUUACCUUCAAGAAACGUUUUCAUUUAUAUUUAGUCUAUAUUAGGCCUAUUGAUGGCACAACUAUCUUCAGAAAACGCUUUUAACCAUAUUUGGCCAAUAUUAAGAUUUCAUACGUCAAUAAACCUUUUAAUCGAUAUUCAGUGCCUGCCUAAUUACUACCACAGCUGUGUUAGUCAAAGGUUUUGUCCACAUUUGGCCUAUAUUAAGGCAAUAUGCUACUUUCAUAAAGAUUUCACCCAUAUUUGGCCUAGAUAUUCUUUGUUGCACUCCUACCAAUAAUCUGGAACUUAAUUGCAAUAAGGAUAUGUAGGUGUAAUAAUAAACUUAUGGAUAACACCGGAUUUUUAAGUUUAACAUUUGAUUACUAAUAUCAGUCAGACAACAACAAUAUUUACUUAAUUUUAUUUACAAUGAUUAUUCUUUUGAAAAAUGUUAUAAAUCAGGAAGAAUAAGUUAAUAGUAUGCCUAUAUAUUAUUCUUCUUGAAUUAUAAUUACAGAUCUGAAAUGUAGGCAACUAUUUAAUAAAUGUUAAUUUAAUAUGUAAUUUAAUUCUUAAAACUUUGAAUUGUAAGCUUUUAUACUUAUUUUUUUUGGAAAGGUUAUUAGACUGUCGUCUGUAACAAGUACAAAAGACUUUAUACUGCCUUGAAAAUGAGGAAACUUACCAGUAUUAGGCCAAUAUUCAUUUUACCAUCUAACGAGGCUACGAUAGGAGUGUAAGGAUCACGGAGAUUGUUCCUUUUAAAUCGUUUAGGACUCCAACGAGCCGUUUAGGAGCUCUCAGAACGUGUUUGAUCAAAACGAAAUCGAUCAGAACGAAACUCGAAAUUUUUUUAUUGAGAUGCUUAUGGAAGAAUGAUCUGGUCUGAUAAUGAUAGAGAUCCUAUAUGUAUCCUUGAGCCUAUUUAUAUGCAUAUUAUGUACAAAGUUACACAUUUUAGUGCAAAUUAAUAAAUUUUUUUUAUUAUUGAUUAGUUUUUGUUAAAUAUUUCUUAUAAACUACAUUCAUUUUA